CCCAGUCGAAAUUAAAAAGGGUAAUUAAUACCAAAACAAAACAACUCGCCGAACACCAACCGCCGCCGCCGCCCGCGCCGACCCUGACCGGCUCCGGCGCCAUGGCGGCCGCCGGAGAGCGGCGCCUCCUCGUCGGCCUCCUCCUCCUGGCCCUGGUGGUGUCGGCGCACUGCCUCGACGGGGGCCACCACGGCCCGCGCAUGAAGCGGCGCCGCAAGAAGCGCGAGAUCCACUCCCCCGUCAAGACGGUGGUGGUGGUGGUCAUGGAGAACCGCAGCUUCGACCACGUCCUCGGCUGGCUCCGCGCCGGCCGCCCCGACAUCGACGGGCUCACCGGCACGGAGUCCAACCGCCUCAACGCGUCCGACCCGGCCUCCCCGGAGAUCUUCGUCACCGACAAGGCCGGCUACGUCGACUCGGACCCCGGCCACGGCUUCGAGGACAUCCGCGAGCAGAUCUUCGGCUCCGCCGACACCUCGGCCGUCCCGCCCCCCAUGUCCGGGUUCGCGCAGAACGCGCGCGGCAUGGGCCUCGGCAUGGCCCAGAACGUCAUGAGCGGCUUCGCGCCCGACUCGGUCCCCGUCUACGCCGCCCUCGCCGACGAGUUCGCCGUCUUCGACCGCUGGUUCGCCUCCGUGCCCACCUCCACCCAGCCCAACCGCCUCUUCGUCCACUCCGCCACCUCCCACGGCCUCACCUUCAACGCCCGCAAGGACCUCAUCAACGGCUUCCCGCAGAAGACCAUCUUCGACAGCCUCGAGGAGGAUGGCCUCUCCUUCGGCAUCUACUACCAGAACAUCCCGGCCACGCUCUUCUACCAGAGCCUCCGCCGCCUCAAGCACCUCGUCAAGUUCCACCAGUACAGCCUCAAGUUCAAGCUCGACGCCUCGCGGGGCAAGCUGCCCAACUACGUCGUCAUUGAGCAGAGGUACUUCGAUUGCAAGGAGUUCCCUGCCAACGACGACCACCCGUCGCACGACGUCGCCAGGGGCCAGAGGUUUGUUAAGGAGGUCUAUGAGACGCUGCGAGCCAGCCCGCAGUGGAACGAGACGGCUCUCAUCAUCACCUAUGAUGAGCAUGGUGGCUUCUAUGACCAUGUCCCCACGCCCGUCGUCGGGGUGCCCCAGCCCGACGGGAUUGUUGGUCCUGACCCUUACUACUUCAAAUUCGACCGACUUGGGGUGCGCGUGCCCAGCUUCCUCAUCUCCCCCUGGAUUGAGAAGGGCACUGCGAUCCAUGAACCAAAUGGUCCAUUUGAAAACUCACGAUAUGAGCAUUCAUCCAUUCCUGCAACCGUAAAGAAGCUAUUUAAUUUACGUGCUAACUACCUGACAAAGAGGGAUGCAUGGGCCGGGACCUUUGAGAACUACCUCAAAGUUCGAAAGACGCCAAGAACUGACUGUCCAGAGAAACUCCCAGAGGUUACAAAGUCUCUGCGACCAUUUGGUGCUAAUGAAGAUAAAUCUCUAUCUGAGUUUCAAGUGGAGUUGAUUCAACUCGCCUCUCAGCUCAACGGUGACCAUGUACUCAACAGCUAUCCGGAUAUUGGCAAGACAAUGAGUGUAGGAGAAGCAAACCGUUACGCAGAGGAUGCUGUCUCCAGAUUCCUGGAAGCCGGAAGAAGUGCUCUUAGGGCAGGCGCAAAUGAAUCUGCUCUGGUGACAAUGAGGCCCGCACUUACCAGCAGAGCCGCAAUGUCCACUGGCUUGUCAUCAGAGCUUUGAUUGGAUCGUCGUGGAUCCUAUCAACAUCCGCAUCAUGAUUUGGGCCACAUCAACCAUAGUCUGGUAGCAUUUAUGUAAUGGGUAGAUCUUACACAUGGCUUUUGUACAUAUAUACCAUGACACUUCGUAUCUGAAGCUCACUUGACCGAAUCCUCAUGAUUUACGCUGAGAUAUCAGCUCAGUAGUAUCGCCCAGCAUUGUACCAGAUGCAUGCCAAAAUCCCCUGCUGGAUAAGCUGUAGCUGGUAUCUGGAAUCUGUUGUCGGGAAACUGUACCUAUUCAGCUCUCUACUGUACCUGCUUGUAUAGCAGUUGAACUGCAACGUAAAGGAGUAUUGUAAGGAUUGUUGGAUUUGGCCAUCUGUAACUAUUUGCAUCUAUCUGGAUUUGGAGUCACUUGUA